CCGACGGACAGACAUAAUGAAAUUGAAAAUUGAUGUGUGUACUAUGACGUGAUGUGACCGAAACGAAUGUUUUGAUUUUUAUAAAAACUUGUACAAUAGUAACAACCAUUCAUUAUUAUUCUGUGUUAUUUAGCUUUAAGUGAAAAAGUAGUUUUCUAUUGCUUGCUAACAAGGGAUUGUUGAUCGAUUGUGUGAUAAUAGUUUAUUCUGUUGACCUAAUUAGUUUUUUGAAAAUGGGUGAUAAAGAAGAUUAUUUGACAACGUACCGGGUGUUUUUUGAAAACUUUGCGGCGACAGUAAAUCCUGAGGACCAGCUCCCUGUGAAUAUCGCGGGCUAUACCAUCACGGAGAGCGAGCUGCCGGGCGAAGUAUUGUACUGGACCACCCAGUAUCUAUCAGAGAAACAAUGUCCCCCGGCCCUAUUGACGCCGCUGCUGCGGAUAAUCCUCGACGAGGUCCGCGUGGCGUCCAAGAAACAACCCGCAGAGUUUGGAUACAAAGCCGACGAGUCUAUAUACGUAGCACUCCGCCUAAUGCAAGCCGUGACCGCCCGCGUCAACGACGUAUGCCUCCGCUACCUGGACAACGCGCGGCUGGACUCGCUGCCGCCGCCGCCGCACCUGCAGGAGCUGCGCACGGUGUCGGCGGCCACCAAGAACUCUAGGCGCGUCAUGGAGGACAGACACGUCGAGAUCGGCAACCUGGAGGCGCUGUUCGGUAUUGAGAGCACAAAGCCAACGGCCUUCUACGCCGUGUACGACGGGCACGCCGGCUCAGCCGCGGCCACCUACUGCGCGGCGCACCUACACCAGUACCUCGUCGAGAGCCCACACUACGCCACCGACCUCCGCAAGGCGCUUAGAGACGCCUUCCUUCGCACAGAUAAUGAUUUCAUCAGAAAGAGCAAUCAGGAGCGAGCCUGCGGCGGCAGCACGGCCGUGGUGGUGGUGGUGCGCGGCUGCCAGCUGCACGCGGCGUGGGCCGGCGACUCGCUGGCCCUGCUCGCCAAGCGCAUGCGGCUCAUGCAGCUCGUGCGCCCGCACAAGCCCAGUCGACAGGAUGAAAAGGAUCGAAUACAAGCGGGCGGCGGCGCCGUCAUGUUCUGGGGCACGUGGCGCGUGAACGGCCAGCUCGCCGUCUCCAGGGCUAUUGGCGACGCCAUGUACAAACCCUACGUGACUGCACGACCAGAGCUCGCGACCGUGGACCUGGACGGAGAUGAAGACUUCGUCGUCGUGGCCUGCGACGGCCUGUGGGACUUCGUCAGCGAAGACGAGGUCGCGCUCGCCGUGUACAGACAGCUGGCGGCAGAUCCAGAUGACUUGAAGGCAGUGACGAAGCGGCUGAUAGUGCAGGCGAAAAGGCAGGGCUCCUGCGACAAUAUCUCCAUAAUCGUGGUGUUCCUGAAGGACCCGCGCGACAUCGCCGCCGACAACCGCCCGCCCAUGGAUCUUGGGCUGGACAACGCGUUGGUGAACGCGUCGCUGCCGCCCUUUGCCGUGGAGGCGGACGCCAAGCACCACGGCAUGGACGGCGCGGCGGCGGAGUGCGGCGAGCCCGAGGGCGAGCUGGCCGACAACGGCGUCGACAACUCGGACAGUGACAGCGAGGACCUCGGCCCGGAGACCGCGGUGGACGCGGACGAUCUGGACGCGGAGGCCAAGAACCACGUCGCGCCGCCGACACCUCCAGCUCACACAGUGGAGGCGAGCCACAUCGACGGUGCCCUGGCGGAUAAUGUAGGUGAGAGCGGCGAGGAGUCCGAAGACGAGUGGAACUACUUCAAGGGAGAGGGCGAGCGCUCGGAGCAGCAGCGCAGCGAGCCUGACGGAGACGACCAGGAGGAGCCGCCGCGCUCAGAGACGCCCUGUCAGGACAAUUCUGCCUGGGAAAGCAGUUCAGUCGACAUGAACAGCUCCCCCCUCAACCCUGACGCCCCGCCGUUUGUGCCCGGCACAGUAGCCGGAGCAGACAUCCUCCUGGCCGAGUCCCCGCGCAAGCCACAGCCAAUGGAUGACAUUGAGCUGCCAGACGUUAAACAGUUUGAGACAGAAGUGGUUCGGCGGCCUGCUGAGCUGCUAGACUUGGAUAAUUGUGAUCAGUUAAAUGGACACCAUAAUGUAUCAAUUGACGGGAUAACAGAACAAUUGAAUGGGAAUAACAAGAACACCCUGGACAGCCUCGGCUUUGGGUUCAGUGUGGGCGUGGAGCCUGACAAGGCAAAGGAUAUCAGUCUCAUUCAGGACUUCGACAGAAUACAGAAAGACACCACUGAUUUCUGUAAUAUACAGGUAUUCCAGGCACACUCUGAAACAAAUCCGUUCGCAUCAGAUGACAAUGAAGAGUUACUAGAAAGAUUGAAGAGCAAAGAGCGAGACCCGAUGAGUAUGAGCUUCUACCAGGAGAAGGACGACGACACAUGCGAGCGCCUGCUCGACGGGCCCGUCGACCUCAACGCCGUGCGGCAGCUGCCCGCCGCCGACGACGACCACGACGACAAGGAGAACGUCAGCCCCCGCCCCGACAACGACCACCCCCUGCACAACAACGACCAAUUCGACCAGGGCGCCAACUUCAUAGACUACGUCAACAACUCGAACAACCUACAGAAUUUCCCCAACAUAGAUCUACAGACCGACCGCCCGCCCCAAGAUAACGUCGUGCAGACGGACACGCCCGAAUCUCACAAGCUCCUGUUCGAACAGAUACCCGAAAUACCAGACGGCAAGAGCUCCGAACUGGGCUUCAACGAGGAUAUUCAGGACCAUUCGGAUCGAGCGAGCACACCGCAGGAGGAAACGUCGCAGGAUGUCGAAAUGGAGUGCAAACCGGAGACGCCCUGCGAGCCCGCCUCGCGCCCCGAGUCGGCGCAGGAGCCCCCACAGACGCAAAACGAAAUCGUAGAGGCGGAACACGCUCCUUUUGAAGAGCUUUGUCACCGGGCGGAACAUACAGAUAAUCUACUGGAAAACGACCUGCACGAAUCGCACCCUACCGAAAAUCACGAGCAUUCCAACGAGCACAUGGCGCCGUCCCCCGCGCCCGCGGACCGCGGCGACGUCACCCCGGAGCCGGCGCACGAGCUCCAAGAGAACGUUAAGGCUGAAAUACACAACUACGACAGGAUCGACGACCACUUCGACGUCGGCGCCCCGCACGAGGACGACGCGAUCGAGCCCCGGGACGCGGAGACGCCCCACGACUUGCACGAGGAAGUCGACCUCCUGUCGGCCACCGCCCACGAGAGCGAGGCGCCGCUGUCGCCCGCGCCGCACCACGAGGAUCUGCUCGCCGCCUCCCCCGCGCCCGCGCGCUCCCCGCUGCCGGCGGCCAGCCCCGCGCCCGCGCACACGGAGCUCCUCGCGGCCGCGUCGCCCGCACCCUCGCCGCUCCCCAGCGAGCCGGCCCCGCCGGCCAAGUCUCCCCUCCCGGCGACCUCCCCGCUGCCCGAGUCUCCCCUCCCGGCGACUUCCCCGCUGCCCGAGAUUCCCCUCCCGGCGACCUCCCCGCUGCCCGAGUCUCCCCUGCCGGCGACCUCCCCGCUGCCCGUCGAAUCGGCUCCCCCCGUAGACUUCGAGAUUACGAGAGAAUCCCCGCCGCCGGUGGAGAUCGAGUCGCCCGCCCCCGAGGCCGCGGCCCCCGCGGAGUCGCCGCUCCCCGCCGAGCCGGAGCCGCGGCCCGAGACCGCGUCGCCCGUCGCCGCCGCGCCGUCGCCCGCGCCGCCCGUCUGCGACCGCCUCACGCCCGAGCUCCCCCGCGAGGAGACCGCCGCGGCGCCCCUCGAGGACCGGCCGCGGACGCCCGAGGCCGCCUCCGGCCCCGCCCCCGACAUCGUCCCCGAGGAGCGGACCGAACAAUCGCACCGAGACCUCGUCACGGAUAUAGAUAUCGGCAUCCCCGAGUCGCACGCUCAGGAAAUCUGCGUCCCCGUCACGAGCGAGAUCAUCGACGAGGUCGUACAGCUGCCCGCCGGCACCCCGCCGCCGACGCCCGCCGUCGAUAUGAGCGCGCCGCCGCUCGAGGCGCCGGCCGCCGAGCCCGCGGCCACCGAGGCCUCGCUCGCAACGGCCGCCGCCGUCGGCGCGGCCGCCACCGCCGUCGCCGCGACCGCCGCGGCGGUCGCCAAGGCGAAGACCCCCGCGAAGAAGACCGCCGCGUCCCCCGCCCCGAGGCCGGCCGCGACCCCCAAGUCCGCGACGAAAGCGGCCGCGCCCGCCUCCGCCGGCAGGAAGCCCGCGCCCGCCGCCGCCCGGCCGUCGCUCGCCAAGUCCCCCGCCGCCGCCGCGGCCGCCAAGCCGAGGGCGCCGGCGGCGAGGCCCUCGCCCCGGCCCGCCGUCAAGAGUUCGCCCGCGAAGGAGGCGCCGGCGGCCGCCAAGCCCGCCGCGCCCCGCGCCGCCCCCGUCCCCCGCGCGGCGCCCAAGGCCCCCGGCCCGCGGCCCGCGCCCGCCGCCGCCGCGGCCAAGCCCGCCGCCCCGCGCGCGGCCCCGGCGCCCCGCCCGGCCCCCCGCCCCGCCUCGAGCGCGGCGCCGCGCCCCGCCGCCCGCCCCGCGCCGCGCCCGCAGCCGCAGCCCGCCAAGCCCCGGGAGCUGAAGCCGGCCGAGAAGAAGCCCCUCCCGAACGGCGACGCGAAGGUGCCGCCCCCGAUCAGGAGGGUGCCCGUCGCCGCGCGACCCGCGCCCCGCCCGGCGACCGCUCCCGCCCCGGCCCCGACUACCAAGCCCGCCGCCCCUCGGCCGGCCGCCCGCGCGCCGCUGUCUGCGCGCGCGCCGCUGGACAAGCAGAGCAAGGACCUCGCCAACAAGCGCAUCACCGCCAAGGCCGCGCCGCCCAGGACUGCCCCCAAUAAGACGGCUCCCGCAAGCAAGACGUCAGCAGUAAAGAGCGUGCCCAAGAAGCCGCUGUCGAAGGCCACCAACGGGCUGGUGAACGGCGCCGAGCUGAAGCCGCCGCCGUCGCCGCCGGCCGCCGACAACGCGCUGCUGCCCGACGUGAUCGCGUGAGCGGCGCG